AUGGAGCGGGUCCUCACUGCUGUCCUGCUGUCCCUCCUCCCGGGAGCCCUUCAGGGGAGCGAGAGCCCCCCAGCUCUCUUGUCGAUUCUUCCCCCAACAGGUGCCAGCGGGAUGAGCCUGGAUUCAGUGUGUGGACGUUCACACGUGUCUGGCCGCAUCGUGUCUGGCCAGGAUGCCCAGCUGGGUGAGUGGCCAUGGCAGGUCAGCCUGAGGGAGGCUGGCGAGCAUGUGUGUGGGGGAUCCCUGAUCGCCAAGGACUGGGUGCUGACCGCAGCCCACUGCUUCAGCCGGAACCAGCCCCUGUCUGUCUAUACCGUACUACUGGGCUCCAUCUCCUCCUACCCCAAGCCCGGAGAGCCCGGGGAGCUCCGGGAUGUGGCCCAGUUCAUCGUGUACCCAAGCUACUCGGAGGAGACUGGCAGCGGGGACAUUGCCCUGGUGCAGCUGGCCUCGUCUGUCACUUUCAGCGACCUCAUCCUUCCAGUCUGCCUCCCCAAACCUGGAGACCCCCUGGGGCCCGACACCUGGUGCUGGGUCACUGGCUGGGGGCAUGUUGGCACCAAUCAAGCGCUCCCACCUCCCUUCACCCUGAAGGGCGUGGAGUUGCCCCUCAUUGAUGCCCAGACCUGCGACGCCUACUACCAUGAGGGUACUGGCAUCCCCAGCCUGGAGCCCGUCAUCUUUGAUGACAUGCUCUGUGCAGGCUUUGAGAACGGCCAGAAGGACGCCUGCCAGGGUGACUCCGGAGGCCCACUGGUCUGUGAUACUGGUGGUGUCUGGACCCAGGCAGGGGUGGUGAGUUGGGGAUCCUACUGCGGCCUCCCCAGGAAGCCAGGUGUGUACACCAAUGUCACCGUCUACGCCAUGUGGAUUGUUCGCACAGUGUGGAAUCAAGACUCUAACAGAAGUUCCUUUCCAAGCCUUGCAGGGACCUUUUUCUCUGACCUGUCGCUGCUUCUGGGCCUACUGGGUGGGAUCCUGGUCUCCCUGGGGCUUGCAUAG